GAGCAGCACCUGAAAGUGUGUGGGAUAAAAGCCUUAGCUCUGUUUUGCUGGCGUGGGGCCUCAGUUUAUCUGCCUAUUAAAUGGGCAGUUUUUCAUUUCAUCAGCCCCUUACUAGUCUCCUGAGCCUUGCAUAGGUCCAGCUCCUUUUAACUGGAGGGUGAGGAAAGAAAGGGUAGGAGUCUAAGAACUUUAAGGGAGAUCGUAGAACUGUUUUGAAAACAAAUCCAGGUUCAAAUUGGCCAGCCUCUGGCACUUCUUAAAUGUUGGUUCAAAAAUCGUCUGCUUCUAGCUAACUGUUGAUUUCAAGACCAUCUCUGGACCUCACUAGUCUCCUGCUGACGACCAAAGGGCAAGUAAGCAUGUUUCAGGGUCUGCAAUAGAACAACUGGGCCCCUUUCUUCAGUCAGAGUGCUCAUCUCCAGUCCCCAGGUCCUCCGCCGCAGGCUCCUCCUCCAUUGACAUCAGAGCCGCAGGCGGGCCGAGGGAGCCGAGCCCCAGCCGAGCGCCAGCGACUGAAUAGGCAAACUGACCAGGUACGGACGCGGCGGGAGCUCCGCACCAGCCACCUAGGCCCUCGCUGCCAGCCCCGUGGCGGGGCAGCCGCAGUUUUCUACUGGACCAACAGAUGACAGCCUCUGUGCUUAGCAAGCUUAGCUGGGAGUCUUUUGGGCAACUCUGGACUCAUCCAUCCAACCUCAGUUUCUGAGAUUUCUCACAUGAUACAUGGGGAGAGAGCCCACCCUCUCGUAAGAUGAGACAGAGCUCUCCAGGGGAAGGUCCAAGAUGGUCCCCCACCAGGAGGGGACAGACAGGAGCCCUGGCUGUGGCUGGGGGGCAGUGGGCCAUGCCAGGGGCAGUGGAAGGCCCCAGGUGGAAGCAGGCAGAAGACAUUAGGGAUAUUUAUGACUUCAGGGAUGUUCUGGGCACGGGUGCCUUCUCAGAAGUGAUCCUGGCAGAGGACAAGAGGACUCAGAAACUGGUGGCCAUCAAAUGCAUUGCCAAGAAGGCCCUGGAGGGCAAAGAAGGCAGCAUGGAGAAUGAGAUCGCCGUCUUACACAAGAUCAAGCACCCCAACAUUGUAGCCCUGGAUGACAUCUAUGAGAGUGGGGGCCACCUCUACCUCAUCAUGCAGCUGGUUUCAGGUGGAGAGCUGUUUGACCGAAUUGUGGAGAAAGGAUUCUACACAGAACGGGAUGCCAGCCGCCUCAUCUUCCAGGUGCUGGAUGCUGUCAAGUACCUGCACGACCUGGGCAUUGUGCACCGGGAUCUCAAGCCAGAGAACCUGCUAUACUACAGUCUGGAUGAAGACUCCAAAAUCAUGAUCUCUGACUUUGGCCUCUCCAAGAUGGAGGACCCAGGCAGUGUGCUCUCCACAGCCUGUGGGACUCCAGGAUAUGUGGCCCCUGAGGUCCUGGCCCAGAAGCCCUACAGCAAGGCCGUGGACUGCUGGUCCAUAGGAGUCAUUGCCUAUAUACUGCUCUGUGGCUACCCGCCGUUCUAUGAUGAAAAUGAUGCCAAACUUUUUGAACAGAUUUUGAAGGCUGAGUAUGAGUUUGACUCUCCUUAUUGGGACGACAUCUCUGACUCUGCCAAAGAUUUCAUACGUCAUUUGAUGGAGAAAGACCCAGAGAAGAGGUUCACCUGUGAGCAGGCCUUGCAGCACCCCUGGAUUGCAGGAGACACAGCUCUGGAUAAGAAUAUCCACCAGUCAGUGAGUGAGCAGAUCAAGAAGAACUUUGCCAAGAGCAAGUGGAAGCAAGCUUUCAAUGCUACCGCUGUGGUUCGGCACAUGAGGAAGCUGCAGCUGGGCACCAGCCAGGAGGGACAGGGACAGACAGCUAGCCACGGAGAGCUGCUGACACCCACAGCUGGGGCUGCCCUUGCCCUUUCCUUCCACACAGGGCCAGCAGCUGGCUGCUGCUGUCGAGACUGCUGUGUGGAGCCAGGCUCAGAACUGCCCCCUGCACCACCCCCAAGCUCUAGGGCCAUGGACUGAACAUCAAGGAGUCAGGGUUUCGUCCGUGAGGGGUUGGAGGCAGCCUGCUUCCUCCUCACCCCAGAACUGGGGAGUUUCUGACCCCAUACUUCUUCCCUCCCCUCUCACUCUUCACUGCAUUUUCCAUACAAAUGUUUCUAUUUUAUUGUUCCUUCUUGUAAUAAAGGGAAGAUAAAACAAAA